UUUUUGCAAGAUUCGGAUGAAUUUCAGCAAGGUGUUUUGUAUCCGUUGUUAUGGUUUGGGGAGAGACUUUCGAUACAAGUUGCCAAAUUGGGAAGAUUGAAGAUCAAGGAACCCAAUGAUACGUAUAUUCGUGGUCAUCACAUUGCGUAA